AAGUGGAGGAAGAGAAUGGGCUCUUCCAUGUCGGCGGCCACGGCGCGGAGGCCGGUGUUUGACGACAAGGAGGACGUGAACUUCGACCACUUCCAGAUCCUUCGGGCCAUCGGAAAGGGCAGCUUCGGCAAGGUGUGCAUUGUGCAGAAGCGGGACACAGAGAAGAUGUACGCCAUGAAGUACAUGAACAAGCAGCAGUGCAUCGAGCGGGAUGAGGUGCGCAACGUGUUCCGGGAGCUGGAGAUCCUGCAGGAGAUCGAGCAUGUCUUCCUGGUGAACCUGUGGUACUCCUUCCAGGACGAGGAGGACAUGUUCAUGGUGGUGGACCUGCUUCUGGGUGGAGACCUGCGCUACCACCUGCAGCAGAACGUCCAGUUCUCCGAGGACACGGUGAGGCUAUACAUCUGCGAGAUGGCGCUGGCCCUCGACUACCUGCGCAGUCAGCACAUUAUCCACAGGGACGUCAAACCCGACAACAUCCUGCUGGAUGAGCAAGGGCACGCGCAUCUGACCGACUUCAACAUCGCCACCAUCAUAAAGGACGGGGAGCGGGCCACUGCACUAGCUGGGACCAAGCCGUACAUGGCUCCGGAGAUCUUCCAGUCCUUCGUCAGUGGUGGGAGCGGCUAUUCCUUCGAGGUGGACUGGUGGUCAGUGGGGGUGCUGGCCUAUGAGCUGCUACGUGGAUGGAGGCCCUACGACAUCCACUCCAGCAAUGCCGUGGAGUCCCUGGUGCAGCUGUUCAGCACGGCGAGUGUGCAGUACGUGCCCACCUGGUCCAAGGAGAUGGUAGGCCUGCUGCGGAAGCUCCUCACUGUGGACCCCAAGCACCGAGUGUCCAGCCUGCAGGACAUGCAGGCAGCCCCGUCACUGGCUGGCGUGCUGUGGCAGGACCUGAGUGAGAAGAAGGUGGCGCCGGGCUUCGUGCCCAAUAAAGGCCGCCUUCACUGCGACCCCACCUUCGAGCUGGAGGAGAUGAUCCUGGAGUCCAGGCCUUUGCACAAGAAGAAGAAGCGGCUGGCCAAGAACAGGUCCCGGGACAGCAGCAGGGACAGCUCGCAGUCGGAGAAUGACUACCUUCAGGACUGCCUUGACGCCAUCCAGCAAGACUUUGUGAUUUUUAACAGAGAAAAGCUGAAGAAGAGCCAGGACCCCGUGAGCGAGCCCCUGCCCGCCCCCGAGGCCGGGGAUGCUGUGGAGGACCAGGAGGGGGCGCGCCCCGCGCUGCCCACGUGCGGCUCCAUCUGCCCCUCCCGCCUCACCGAGAGUUAA